AGAGCAUGGAGCCAAGGAAACCCUCAGUCGACUUCAACUUGCCAUCUUCAACCUCACACUUGUAACCCUGACCGUAGGAACAUACCAUUGCGACAAAAAAUCGAGCGAUUAGUCCCUGUUAUCAUACGAGAUCCAAACGUUACAAAACAUGGCAUCAACAUCACCCAAAGUGCCCGGGGAGGGAGCCAAACCCCCCGGUUCAGUUGAUCCCCCGCGUUUGCCAAGCGGGGGUAUUCCUAACCUCAAGGACCGCAUCCCGAAAUUGGAACCCCGGCGGAGGAAAGCCGAGCCGGCGAACCCGAUGCCCGUCCCGGAGACACCAUCGGCACCGGCCCGCCCAGACCCGGCAACCAUCAACUUCACCAUCCCUGCCAGGCGGAUCCUCUCGCCACAAGACCACCAGCUCUUCCUGUCCUCCCCAACCUACAAUCUCAUCCUCUCCUUCAUCUUCGGCCUCUCCGAGUCAGUCGUCGACAGGCCCAUCUCCUCCGUCAAGGACACCGACCUCUCCCCCACCGUCCAAUCCAUCCUCACCAUCCUAGACGAAGCCGAAGCCCUCUGCGAGGACUCGCCCCCGGACGACCAAGGCGGUUCCCGCUUCGGCAACAAGACCUUCCGGGUCUUCCUCGACAAGGUCAAGCAGCGCGCCCCGGCCUGGCACGCCACCCUUCUCGGCGGGUCCAACCCCGACCCUGCUGCCGCCACCGCCGAGCUCUCGGCCUACCUCUGCCAGUCGUUCGGCAACCGCAGCCGCAUCGACUACGGCUCGGGCCACGAGCUCAACUUCGCCAUGUGGCUGCUCUGCCUGUACCAACUCUCCCUCCUCCAGCGCAGCGACUUCCCGGCCCUCGCCCUGCGCAUAUUCACCCGCUACCUCACCGUCAUGCGGCGGGUACAAAGCACCUACUACCUGGAACCCGCCGGCUCGCACGGGGUAUGGGGCCUGGACGACUACCAAUUCCUACCCUUCCUCUUCGGCGCCAGCCAGCUGGCGCACCACGCGGUGGUGACGCCGCGGGCGAUCCACCAGGAGCUGAUGCUGGAGGAGUACGGGGCCGAGUACCUGUACCUGGGCCAGGUGGCGUUUGUCAACAGCACCAAGACGGUGCGCGGCCUGCGCUGGCACAGCCCCAUGCUCGACGACAUCAGCAGUGCCCGCGGCUGGGCCAAGAUCGAGGGCGGCAUGCGCCGCAUGUUCGUCAGCGAGGUGCUGGGCAAGCUGCCCGUGAUGCAGCAUUUCCUGUUUGGGAGCCUGAUUCCCGCGGCUGAGGGGAUGAGUGAGCCGCCCGAGAGGGGCCCCAAGGAGGAAGAGGGGGAGGAUGACGAGGAGGGCGGUGAGGUGGAGGUGUUUGAUGAUAAGGAGGGGGUGAGGCAUGUGCAUCAGCCGAGCGGCUGGGGGGAUUGCUGCGGGAUCAAGGUGCCGAGUAGUCUUGCGGCGGCGGCGGAGAUGAAGAAGAGGGGGGGUGGGGAGCAGCUGAGAAGGAUACCGUUUGACUAAGAGCAUGGUGACUCCCAAGGUAGAAAGGCCUUCUGCUUGCUGAAGCCCGGUCGUCCAUGUAUUCUUUUGGCCUACUAAAACUACAAUUGGUCACCAUGAGCCUGGCCAGGCCUAAACGUGACAGCCUACCUAGGUAGUUUUAAAGUCAGACACAGCCGGCUGUAGCUUCGGUG